AUGUUCUCAGUCUCAAUUCAUGGCCAGGGCUGGGUUCAGGGGACCUCUGUUUCUGCGACUUGUAAGUACGAACAUCUACUUCAGCAGAGGCUCUUCAAAAAAAGACGGGGAAUUGCUACCGCUGUCUUGCUCAGAUGCUUCAUCCUGAAUGUCCCUGAAACUGCAGCCCUCAUCACAGUCUUUGCUGGGGCUCCAAAGCUUUACUUUGCAGCUCCGAGCAGUCAAACACCUCCCGCCUCCAGCAUCCGCCACCGGGAUCAGCCGAGGCAGGGUAGCAUCCAAGAGGAGUUGACCCAUUGUUUCAACUUCGGCGCCGCGCGCAUGUACUGGUAUUACGUUGCGUUGGUGGGUGAAGCCCGUCGUUUGCAGGAUGAUGUGAGCGAUGGUGAAGAACAUGCCGCAGCCGCGGAGACCCAGGAUGAGGACUUGAGCGAGGCCCUGGCCGCCAUUCAGCAGGCCAAGCGCACCGUGCGGGUGGCCAGGACAAAGCAGCAUACCAUCCGCAUGUCGCGGAAGUACUACGGCGAUGAUCCUUCAGGUGUGGAAGAAUUGGGCACCGGGCCACAAAAGACCAAGGAGAAGCCCCUGAUGAGCAAGCGUGAUCGAGCAGAAGCUGCGGGUCUGGGAUGGGGAGUCCUGGAUGGCGGGGCCACACGGACUUUGGGUAUGGUGGCAGCCAAUGAAGCGGCGAUGGCCCGCAACCGGCAGAAGAAAGGUGAAGAUGGCAUUGCCUGUGUGGACACCACGGCGCACACCCUGGGCAAGAGCGGAGGGCCAAUCCUCCUCAGUGUGGCCACCUUGCGGUUUGUCGGGGCCCUGCUCGACUUCGAGAAUGAGUUGCUGACCCUGCGGGCCUUGGAUAGCCACCAGCCGAUUGACCUUACGGAAGAUCUGUUCGAAGAUGCCUACGUGACCAAGCAAGCAGUCCCCAGUUUGAAGAUGUACGUAGGGGACGUAGAGUAG